CCCGCUUUCACCUUUGAUCUUGGUUCAAAUGUUUCCGUGGUGUGGUGCACAACUUACAAGUUAAGUUACAACUCACAACUCGCAACCCUCAAUUCGUACUCCAUUCUUAGACCUUGAACGCUUCAACGAUAUUUGAAGCUUGUGGGUUUCAACGGACUACUAGGUGCUUACAACUUACCUUCGUAGGUUAAAUUUGAACGUUUAAUGUUCGUGACCUCAAGUACGGUACCUAGUAGUAUGAUCCCGAUCUUGUUUCCGCUGCGUCAUUCUCACCACUGAUUCAAUACUCAAUACUCAAUACUCAAUAUUCAACACCCCAAACCCAGAAGAACCAAGACCCAAAUUCCAAAUUGACUUCCUUCAGGCGUCUUUGUCUCUGGAACAUUCACACUACCUACUCCGAUUCUACUACCUGCCUACUACAAAUCACCUACUACAUACAGGAAUUCUGAGGUAGUAGUAGGAGCAGCAGCAGUAGUAGUAAUAGGCACACGAGGAAUAGAUCCAUCAAUUCAAUUCGAAGAUAUUCUCCGAAUCCGCAAUCUUCCUCAUCACUCCACUGACCUACCCCCACCAUCUCACCCAUCCCCCACCAUAUCUCAUCUCCCAUCAUCAUCUUCAUUAUCCCAUUUCCAUUGCCAAUCACCGCCAAAUUACCUCGAUAUACUUCACAGGGCUGCCGAUUUGUACAGCACGUCAAGGUUAUGAUCAAAAAUACCAGAAUAUUCUGUGAUUGUAUCACCCAUGUCGUUCGACAUGAGUAUCGCCUGGGAAUGCCGUGAUCAGGCUGAUCAGGCCGAGAUCUAUUAUAAUCAUCCUUUGCGCACCAAGGUCCGUCAUCUCGAGGAUGAAAACCUGCUCUUGAAGCGCCUACUGCGUGAGAACGGCCUAUCGUGGCAACCCCGUUCGAAGUUCUCUCAGGCGCCUAACCGCGUUACCCGUUCUUCUAGCAAAACUAAUUACAAACCCCUUCCACACAUUCCUGUUGAGAUCCAACUUCGAAUAUUGUCUUUCGCCCUCACUUCUCCGCAGCCUAUCAUAGAUCCGCUCUGCAAAGUCAAGGGUGAACAUUUGAUGCCGCAUGAGAAACCCAAGACCAACCAGCUUGCCAUCCACUUCUUGGCGACCUGCAAGGCAUACCAUGCCGAGGGCACCAAAUUUCUUUGGUCCAACAACUCCUUCAUCUUCACAUCGCCCGAAGCAGUUCGCCACUUCGCCGAGGUUGAUUUUAUUUACAGAGAGCAUAUGAAGGAAGUCACUUUUCGCGUUAUCGCCAAGUUCUACGAUGACGAAGCCCGAACUCACAAGAUUAGUCGUCACCACCACCCUGAUCUAAAGAAGGCCAUCACCUUGCCUAUUAACAAACGACCCAAGGAGAAUACUCUAGCUCGUUGUGGAUUCCGAACUUACGGCUGGUAUCAGCUUGUUGACUUCUUGGGUGCCCUCUUGCCACCUUUUGACCCUUCUCACGCUCAACGUCACGAUGGUCCGAAUACAUCCAAUGCGUUUCUAUUACCACCACCACCGAAACUACUCCCAGCUCUGGAGAAAAUUCGGAUAGACUUUGUCAAUUUUGGCGAUAACUUGUUCAACAACCCACCACCUCAACUGCACGAGCUUGCCUCUCAUUAUUUUGGGUGCACCCUAAACGAAGUGGUACUUACCGGUCUACCUGGUGACGAAACCGGCCUCCGAGUCAGCAGCGAGCUCGCUGGGUUGUUGAAAAAUGAAGGCCUCCUCAUCGAUCACGCACCCAUCAUGGUAGCCCUCAAGAAUGGCAUGCGCUCGCUCAAGUGCGAUGCAGUGGAGUGCCACUACUCUGUCAAAGUGGUCCGAGCGAUGAAAGACAUUGUCGGUCAUCACCCUCACGACGACGUCCACGCCCCUUGGUUCGGCGUUGACUUUCCUCCGGCGCCCCCGGACGAGGGUGAGCCACCGUACUCGUAUUUCCACUCAUGCCGAACCAUGUGGAAAAAGAUCCCAAUCCACCUCGAUAAGCCCACUGAUCGCAAGUGGGUGUUAUUUGACCGAAUGACUGGUUUGCCAUGGGACGACAUCGAGGAGGAGGCCACCAUGUUCGAUUUCUUCGGCGACGACGAAGAAGAGACGGUCUGCGACAACUGCGGCGAGAUCCACCCUGGUGCGAUCCCUCCCGUGGAUAUGAUGGAUCUUUACGACGAGUUUUAGGUACACUAGCUAGGUACACAUUGAAGGGGGGGGGGAAGCUCCCUGAAUUUUUCUUUUCUUUUCUGACGAUUACGAAUUGUAAUUACAUGCAUAUGAUACCAGGUUUGCUUUUGCUUUUUGCUUUUGCUUUCGGUAGAUUUGGAAGGGCGGGAGGGGGGCACAAAUAAUCAAACAACAAAGGAGGUGGAUAGGUAACUAUAUGUGAUACUAUCCCAUUGAUGUAAAUAACAACGACCGGCCAGGAAGAUCGUACUGUGUAGAUCAGAGCCUUGGGGCUCUAACUACCUAGGUACACUAAUACUUGUGGCCAUGCAAAUAACCUUGGCUUUUCUAGCCGUGGCUAGGCUAGCUGGGACACCAGCUAGCUUGCUAUACGACGACUGCAAAUAGGCACCGCACCGUAAUAAAAAUAAACUCGUG